AGCUCAGGGCUGCAGUGGGGAGCGGAGCUGAGCGGCUGGGCGGGCCUGGUGAGGCCAGCGGAGCGGAGACGUCGGUCGGGUGGCGGCGAAUAUGCGUUUUUGAUACGUUGGAGGCUUUCUUGAUCAUGGAUGGUGAAGAUAUACCAGAUUUUUCAAGUUUAAAGGAAGAAACUGCUUAUUGGAAGGAACUGUCCUUAAAGUAUAAACAAAGCUUCCAGGAAGCUCGGGAUGAGCUGGUUGAAUUUCAGGAAGGAAGCAGAGAAUUAGAAGCAGAGUUGGAGGCACAAUUAGUACAGGCUGAACAAAGAAAUAGAGACUUGCAAGCUGAUAACCAAAGACUGAAAUAUGAAGUGGAAGCAUUAAAGGAGAAACUAGAACAUCAGUAUGCACAGAGCUACAAGCAGGUCUCAGUAUUAGAAGAUGAUUUAAGUCAGACUCGGGCCAUUAAGGAGCAAUUGCAUAAGUAUGUGAGAGAGCUGGAGCAAGCCAAUGACGACCUAGAGCGAGCAAAAAGGGCAACAAUAGUUUCACUGGAAGACUUUGAACAAAGGCUAAAUCAGGCCAUUGAACGAAAUGCAUUUUUAGAAAGUGAACUUGAUGAAAAGGAAUCUUUGUUGGUCUCUGUUCAGAGGUUAAAGGAUGAAGCAAGAGAUUUAAGACAAGAACUAGCAGUUCGGGAAAGACAACAGGAAGUAACCAGAAAGUCGGCUCCCAGUUCUCCAACUCUGGACUGUGAAAAGAUGGAUUCUGCUGUCCAAGCAUCACUUUCUUUGCCAGCUACUCCUGUUGGCAAAGGAACAGAGAACAGUUUUCCUUCACCAAAAGCUAUACCAAAUGGUUUUGGUACCAGUCCACUAACUCCUUCAGCUAGGAUAUCAGCACUAAACAUUGUGGGGGAUCUCUUACGGAAAGUAGGGGCUUUAGAAUCCAAAUUAGCAGCUUGCAAGAAUUUUGCAAAGGACCAAGCAUCACGAAAAUCCUAUAUUUCAGGGAAUGUUAACUGUGGGGUGAUGAAUAGCAACGGCACAAAGUUCUCUAGAUCAGGGCAUACGUCUUUCUUCGACAAAGGGGCAGUAAACGGCUUUGACCCAGCUCCUCCUCCUCCUGGCCUGGGCUCCUCACGCCCCUCCUCGGCACCGGGUAUGCUGCCUCUCAGUGUGUGAGUUGCCCAGCCUCCAGGUGAGGGCUCCUGCCCUUCUCCAACAACCCAGGACACCCACGCCUCACCCUUCGGUGCCUGGGCCCAGCCCAUGGCUCUGUCUGCCUCCCCAGGGCUGGCAGAGAGAGGGCAGGCUGCAUGCAGUGGCGGCUGCUGGGCCCUGCCCAGCCCCAGGACUCUGCGCGAUAUCAAUACUGGCUAUUUUCUCUUCUCGCCGUAGUGCCGUUGGUUUCACAUGAUUGCACUUUUGUGGGUCACAAAGUGAUACAUACAUGUAUUACUUGGUCACUGGAUGCAGAAGUACCCAUUCAUCACAUCUGCCUCCUAGCCCUACCCUGCUGUUCUGAUAGGAUUUAGUUGUAUUUAGGACAUUGCAAAUCUUCUAGAAGUUCUCUCCCAAAUCAGGUCAAUGUGUGCCCUCCUGAGCUCCAACCCAAGCAUCUUUAGUGCUCAUGAUCAUGUGUUCAUCCCCAGCUCCACCCCACACAGUUUGGGCCUGUUGCCGGCAGUCAGUCAGGUCACUGAAUUAGGGAACAUUUUCUGCACCUUCUGAUUUUACUUUAGCAGUUAUCAUUCCAUAGACUUGCUUCCCAGAGCAGGAGCCUCUGGGGCCUGUGUACAAACAGGGCUGGGCCUCUCUGCUAUUUCCUCCUCCUUUGUGUGCCUCAGACUAGGAGUGGAGGUGGUGGCAACCUCCUUGCCAACUUUUUGGUCUUUCUGUUAAAUGACAGCUUCACAGCUUUUUUGUUUUGUCUUCUGAGGGCCUCUCCAGUUGUGUUAGGAAGGGUCGAGUGGCCUGAUUCCAGGGGCUGGCUGGUGCUAGCUCCUGGGGGCGGGGCGGGCAGACUGACCAUAAGUGGUUGUCCCUGUGCAUCCUUUGAUUACUCUCAUGCUGCAUUUACUGUUUACAUUUGUUUUAUUGUACAUAGGUUUGUAAACAUUAUUGCCUAAGAUAUUUGUAUAUAACUUGGGCUUUGUAGCUUUUAUUUAUUCAGAACUCAUACGGCAUGUUAAUGACUUAUGAUGGUGUCCUAUUCUGGGCAGCUGUAUAGGAUCAUCAUGUGGUUAAAAAAAGAGAGAAAAUACUUCCCCUCCAAAAAAUCUUUUAAUGUGGAAACAAUAAAUUUCACAAAAAAAGUA